AUGGCUUUAGGAAGUUCUGCCCCAGAACUCUUUGCUUCAGUUAUAGGCGUAUUUGUAACAAAAGGUGACAUAGGAACAGGAACUAUACUUGGCUCGGCUGUCUUUAAUGUUUUAUUCGUUAUUGGAGUUUGCGCGCUGUUUUCUGGUCACGUUCUCAAGUUAUCUUGGUGGCCGAUUGUUCGAGAUCUAAUGUCAUACCUUGUUGCGUUGAUAGCAUUAGUGCUGGUGAUUAUGGAUGAUGUUGUUCAAUGGUAUGAAUCUUUGGUGAUGAUGUGUAGUUAUUCCUUUUAUUUAAUUCUUAUGUACUUUAAUCCUCGCAUUGAGAAAUUUCUCUAUCGUAUAACAAAGACGACCAAGGAACCUAUGCAAUCCUCGACGUUCAACGAAUAUACCAUUGUGUCCCCAAGAGAACCCGAGCUAUUAAGCUCGUCGGAGCUGCUUCACCAUACUAAAGAAAAUGAAAACGACGAGUUAAAGUCGGUGUUAAUGAAUGAUGUUAAUGAAAUGAGUGAGAGCAGCAAGUUAAUUACUGAACAAGAUGAAGAUGAGGGAAUAAGGCAAGAUGCAUCCAGUAAUAUAAGCUCACCGGACAAAGGUUAG